ACGUGGUGGGCAAUGGGCAGGAAACUGUCAGAAUCUUGACGCUUAUGACGCUGUCAACUUUUACGUCGAGUCCUACGCUUAUCACUUGAGAUAUAAAUAUACUUGUAUCUCGGUGACGCCUAUAUUAGCCACUAAUCACAACGCUCUCGGUACAUCAUUAGUUCGAGUUUGAAAUUUUUCACCGUGAGUGUUCCAAUAUAUAACAAAAGUCCGAGUUUACCAUCGAGACACGCUUCGUUGGGCGGAAACAAUGCCGAGCAUCGAGUUUGGACAACGGAGCAGCGGCGGCAUCGCGGCGUCGGAGGCACAAAUGUUUUCAGAAUUCGAAUUUUUAGAAGGAAGCAGUCAGUUUAUUUCUGAUGACCUUUUUCAAUCAUGGAGUUCCGAAUUAGGGAUACCUAUCGUGCCAGAGGAAGAUACAAUCCUGGAUUACGAUAAAGAUACGAAUGAAGGGAUGAAAGACAUAUUCGACUUAUGGACCCCCUUUAAACAGCUCGACUUUGUUGGUGCACAAAGUAACUCAGGAUUGGAAGAAAUAGAGACACUAAAUAAAAUUAAGUUUGAACCUGAAAGCCCAGGUGCACUAUUCCCAUUAUCGCCCAGUAGCCUCAAUCAUUCAGAAUCUAGUGAUUCAGAUAGACAACUGAGAUGUUCGAUGCAAGAAUUGUCAAACUGUGAGAUCCAAAAUCUAAAAACAGAGUUUACUUUAGAGACGCCGUUAAUUUCUUCUCCGCAAUGCGUAUCUCCAUUAUCGCAAUCAUCUCAAUCGUCUUCAGGUACAUCAAGCGUAAUGCAACAAGUUAAAUUCAUACCUGUUAACGAGGAAGACAUAGAGCCAACAAAGUACAUUCUCACAAAAGCGGAUUCUGCGAAACGCGCUCAUGUCCAACCCAUAAACAUUGCACAACGUAUAAAAUAUGAAGAGCCUCAAAAUACUAUUUUCCUUCAAGACAUCGCCACAUUCGCACAGAAUACAAAUUCACAGCACGUAUUGUAUCCCUCAAAACUUCGGAUAUUACCGAAUAAGCAGAAAAAUUCAUUGAAUAUCAGCACAAAUGAUAAAAAAACGAAAACUGGAUCGUUUACAUUACCGCAAAACGUAAAAAUAAUCAAUACUGUAUCAAACAUUUGCCCAACAAAUACUAACGAGUCAAUAGACGCUUCUACUAUUUUAAACAAUGGAUCUGUGAAAUGUAACGACAUAGUUGUUGCAAACAAAACCAUGAGUUACACGCCAUUUCAAGUAAUGCGGAAUAGAAUAAACUCCAAUUCAUUAAUUGUACAGAAUGAAGCAAUUGAUCUCAUAAAUUCGCCAAAAAAUAAUCAGGAAUAUAAAUUGAAAGCAUUAAAAAGACAACAAAGAAUGAUAAAAAAUAGAGAAUCUGCUUGCCUCUCACGAAAGAAGAAAAAAGAAUAUGUAUCUUCUUUGGAGAAACAAAUAUCUGAGUUGAAAGAAGAGAAUAAACAACUAAAAUCGGAAAAUUCCGUCUUAAAACAGAGACUAUCAAAAAUGGAAAACAAUAUAAUAGAUAAUAAUAACGUACAUAAAUAUUUAAGUUUUAAGCCUUUGAAAAAGAAAGCAAAGGAAGGCAUGUACCUUUGUCUUGGUAUAAUUUUUCUGAUAUCUUUCAACAUUAAUGGUUUUAAUGGUUUUAAGGAACCGCUUUCACAAAAUGUACAUUUUAAAACUGAAUCUGACAGUUUAUCGAUACCUAUAGCAGAGGAUAAACAUAAUAGAAGAUUGUUCUGGUCGGUUGAUGAUAACAAUAUGGAAGAUCAAAUUGAAGAAAGUUUUAAUAAAAGUGUACCGAUACACCACCAACCAAUAUGUCCGAUGUAUAUUAAUCAGAGUGAGUCGAUACGUUUAGAUAGCGAGUUGAGACGCUGGAUCGUUGGUGAAUCUGAUCGAGAUAAUCAGACUGCUCUAAAGAAAACGAAGUUACAAACAGAUUCGUUAAAUGUGUCGUUGUCAAGGUCGCCACUGGUAGAAAAAGCAAGAAGAAAAGUGUAUUUAUCACGAGAUAGGAAAAUAAAAACUAUGCACAAAAUGAUCGAUAUUCCUACCGUUGCUCAAUAUCCAGAUAAUAACGCGAUUGAAAUCUUUUCUCCGAUAUUGAGUGAACAUGCAUCUUUAUUUGAAGCUUUAGGAAGAAAAGACGAUACAUUUUAUGUUGUCUGGUUUAGUGGCGAACAUUUAUUAUUGCCGGCUUCCCGGAAAAAUAACACAGCUAGACCUAAAAUGUCUUUAGUUCUACCCACUGUGUCUAUAAAUGGUACGUUUUCGACGCCACCUAAUCAUAUAACAAUGAUGCAAAUUGAUUGUGAAGUAACCAAUACACAACUGCUACAUUUACAACAGUCCAUCAUACCUGUCCAUUUGCGAAACAGUAAACCUACGAGUCAAUCAAAUCAAUCUAAUUCUGUUGAGGAUAUAGACAAUUCAUCCACAGAUAAUACCACUAGAAAUUAUAAACCGUACUUUUUGAAAGAAACAAAUCGAAAACAACGAUAUAGAAAGCACUUGCAAUGAUUAUAAAGAUUAUAAAGAUAAAGAAAUUUUGUUAGAAAUUUUGAGGUUUUAUGUAGAUAAAAAUACUUAAAUAUGUAGUAUAAGUAUGUUCCUAGUCCUAAUGCGAAAAAUAUAAGAUAUUAAUGAUAUGCAAUAUAACGAUAAUAUAUCGUACUUGUUUAUGCAAUAAUGCAAUUAUAUUGUAAUUAUUAUACUGUAGUUACACAAUAAUAUAUAAUUAUACUUCGAAUCAUAAUGUAUUUACACCAUUCUCUUCACGAUUAACUUUUUCAAACUUUUCUUAUUUAUCGUUUUUAGAAGAAAUGUUAUGAAAUUUAUCGAGAAAAAUAUAAAUAUAUGAUUGUUUUUACGUACUUAUUAUUUUAUACAUAGAGAAAAGUCCCCCCUUAUGAGAUAGGCUCGCGUAAACGUAGUAAUAGUCACAUAUGGUACGUACAUGUGAGCAGCAGAAUAAGAAAUAGAACAAAAGAGUCGUUUUGGAAUAAAACAUAGAAUAAACAUUCUUACAAGAAAUUAAAUUUUUAUGGAAAGAUAUGAAUUUAUUCUUUAUUCUUAGAGAAUUGU